GUUUUUAGGGGAGGGGCCGGGAUGCGUCCCAUGGCAGGAGAGAAGUAGUUAAAAAUUAGUGCUAGCAAGGGGCCGGAACCUCGGGAUGUGGGUAUAUAAGACCGCGCCUCCGGGCAGAGCUGCUGUUGCUGCUGCCGCCGCUGUGAGAGCCAGGACUAGCCACACGGGCUUAGCCCCUCACUAGCCAGAGGCCGGGGAAAGGAGCAAAGGGGUCGGGUGGGGUCCAACCCGGGUUUCCUGCUUCACCUCUGGGGCAGACACGGACCCUCUAACUUCUGUUUCCUCUCCUUAAACGCGCACCGGCGGGGUGGUGCGCUCUAGCUCAGCACACAAGCGCGCGGCAAGGGCGCGCCCGGCUCCAGGCCCUGCAGAAGGCGAUGAGUGCCGGGCCCUGGCCAGCUGGGCUCCAGCGGUGGGAGUAGGGUCCGGCGGGGAGGCAGGGAGGCUAAGAGGUUAGAGCUCCCGCUGCGCGGCGGGCAGUGGUCGUCUUCGCUCCACGCACACCUGCUGCUGUCGCCGCGCCGCGAUGAGCCGCGUGGUCUCACUGCUGCUGGGCGCUGCGCUGCUCUGCGGCCACGGAGUUCUCUGCCGCCGGGUGGUCAGCGGCCAGAAGGUGUGUUUUGCUGACCUCAAGCAUCCCUGCUACAAAAUGGCCUACUUCCAUGAACUGUCGAGCCGAGUGAGCUUCCAGGAGGCACGCCUGGCUUGUGAGAGUGAGGGGGGAGUCCUUCUCAGCCUGGAGAAUGAGGCAGAACAGAAGUUAAUAGAAAGUAUGUUGCAAAACCUGACAAAACCAGGAACGGGAAUUUCUGAUGGUGAUUUCUGGAUAGGGCUUUGGCGAAACGGAGAGGGGCAGACAUCUGGUGCCUGCCCAGAUCUCUACCAGUGGUCUGAUGGAAGUGCUUCCCAGUACCGAAACUGGUAUACUGAUGAACCUUCCUGUGGAAGUGAGAAAUGUGUUGUGAUGUAUCAUCAACCAACGGCCAAUCCAGGCCUUGGGGGUCCCUACCUUUACCAGUGGAACGAUGACAGGUGCAACAUGAAGCACAAUUAUAUCUGCAAGUAUGAACCAGAGAUUAAUCCAACUUCUCCUGUAGAAAAGACUUAUUUUACAAAUCAACCAGGAGACACCCAUCAAAAUGUGGUCGUUACUGAAGCAGGGAUAAUUCCCAAUUUAAUUUAUGUUGUUAUACCAACAAUCCCACUGCUUUUAUUGAUACUGGUCGCUUUUGGAACCUGCUGUUUCCAGAUGCUGCAUAAAAGGAAAGCAAGGAGAAACUUCACCAAAGACUCAACUCCAUUAUCAUCUGAGUGCCUUGCAGAAAGUUUAAAUUCCAAUCUGUAAAGGAAGAACAAAAACUAGCCCAACUCAGUCCACACUGUGGAUUUCAAAAAGCACCAGAAAAGAAAGUGGCAUGGAAGUAUAAUAAUUCACUGACUUGGCUCCAAAAGAGAAAAUAAAAUUGUCUAAUUCUGGAUCGGCAUCAGGAAUGGCAUCAGAACAUUAGCUUGGAAUGGCUUGAAAUCUCAAAGGACCUGCAAGAUGAACUGUAAGCUCCCUCUUGAGGCAAAUAUUAAAAUAAUUUUUAUAUGUCUAUUAUUUCAUUUACAAAAUACGCUGUGCUAAUAAUGGAGUGAGACAUGCUUAUUUCGCUAAAGGAUGCACCCAAACGUCAAGUAAAUGGAAUGGACCGUGCAGAUAAAAUUGCUGUCAACACAUCAGAGAAGUGUAUGUGUUGGAAGCAAGUAUUUUUGUUUCUGUCACUUUUCAUAAGUUAUAACCUAGUUAAUGUAACGUAAAUUGUACUAAAAUUUACAGUGUGCAAAAAUAUUUUACCUUUACAUAAGUGUUUGAUAAAAAUGAACUGUUCUAGUAUUUAUUUUUAUGGUGUUUCAUUUUUCAAUACGUGCUGUUUUGAUCAAAGAAAUGUAUCACUGUUUUCAACUGACUCCACACACACAUAGAUCUAUUACCAUAGAAAAAGUUUCUUUUAUAGAAGUGGUUCAUCUCCUUUCAGUUUCUCUGUUCUGGGGUCUGACAAUGUUUAGGAAAUCUCUUCAGAAAUAAGAAGCUAUUUCAGUAACUGUGGUGUAAAUUUACUCCAAUAUUUUACUUAGAGGCAAGGAUUGUCUAAUUUCAAUUGUGCAAGACAUGUGCCUUACAGUUGUUUUUAGUUUAAAAUUCAACAGAUUUUGUAAUAACUUUGUUAAUAGCCGUAUCAACAAUAUUACACUCAGUCUAGAGCAAAACAAAAGUGGCAUACACAAUAUAAAUCAUGUCUUCACAUGUUGCCUAUACAACCACAAGUAGCUCUCUGAGGGUUCUAGAAUCAGUUUGGUGCCUCCCUUGCCAACAAAACAAAGAUGGUUGUUGGAGGCUGGGGAUCAACACCGGAAGCAGAUGGGUGUGGCGUAUGCUUAAGGUUUUCCCAUAGCUCUGCUCAGCCUCUAUCAGCCGUAAAAUAGUCUCAACCAGGUGCAUCAUCACCGUCAGUGUGGAGGUAAGCACAGCACACAGAUAUUUCACCAAGGAGAGAAACUAUGAAUUACUGUGAACAUGGGUUGAGGGCAUUGGCGAUCCUGGGUUCGUGUUGAGGAUUUGCCUGAGAGAGUGAACUGUGGUUUCUCUUGUCUUAUCUUCUCUAGUUUCUUCAACGCUUGUGGCUUCUUCUCAAGAGACUUGUAACUCUCGGGUCUUCAAAUGUUCCUGUGUUCCUUUUAAGUAAAUAAAAAGUUCUUGUUUCUGAAGAAUGGCCAUGGAUAUUGUCUAAAUCUUUUAAGUGAACAAAAUACAGGUUUUGCAUCUGUACAUGAAGAGGGAGACAACUAUUGAAGAAGGGUAUGAAUGGAAGUUGGGGUUAUAGAGCGUUUUAAACCUCAACUUUUCCCUGGUUAAUCAUUUAAACUGGAAAAUAAAGAGCUUUUAUUAAGGCAAUUCACAACUAAAGUUGGUUGGCAAAACUUAGAGACAAAUAGAAAUGAGUGGGUGCUGGCACCCUUUCACCUGCUUAGAGACUGAGAGAGGCAGCAGCUGCAUUCUAAGCUCCAAUCUGACACAUUUUGCACUUCCUUUCCCUACUUGGUUUCCCAUCUUUGCUGGGAUCUACAUCUUCCCUCCAAGGUCCUACCAUGUGUUUCUUCCUUCAGUUGGGUCUUGAGGGACAGGAGACAGUGCUUUCCCCAUAGUCUGGCCACCCAUGACUAUACCACAACAGCUGCAUGGCGAGAGAGGCAAGGCAAUGGGGGAGGACCGUGGUUUUGCCUAUUGUCUUGAUCCAUGCCUGCAAAAACUCUUCUGGUAUCAGUUUCUAAACCCAUACAGUCAACUUCCCUUUUAUGAGACGGUGACAGUGAGACUGUCCUUAGGGUUUCUUAAACUUUUUGCUGACCUCUGAAAAAUGAAAAGAAGUACUUGGUACCGUGUGUAUCUGGUGUGUUUGUAUUUUCACAUAUGUGUGUCUUGAAAUGCAGGUGAGUUGUGGACAAUAUCCAGGUAGUAAAAUCAAACAACACACCCUACCCCUGUUCGUUCAUCCUUUCUAACUGCUCCUAAGAUAAAAUCAUUGGAAAGGUCUUAAAAAGAGUAGUGCGUUUGAGGAUUCUUAAUUUUUGUCUAAGACUAAAUACCACAAAUGUUUACCAGGAUUUUGUAGUGCCCAAUUAUCUGGCCACACUUUCUUAUAUGAUAUUGUUUUCCCUUUCUCUGUUCCCCAGAGAGAGAGAGACUUUUGGUACAGCAGCAUGUGAUUAUCUACUAUCCUCAAUCCCUGAACUUCUCUGAACCCCUACUCCUGGUCCUAAUGCCUCUUCAAUACAUCAAUCAUAGCCAUUCCUUUCAGAUGUAACCCAAAUUAAGUGGCUUCUUCCAUAGGCCCAGUCUAUACUCCUUUAAACCUUACUCUUUCUUAUAUUACUUUGGACCAUAUAGACCCAUACAAUUAUAUAUGUGUGUGUGUGUGUGUGUGUGUGUGUGUUAAGUAGGUGUAAAUUUUGUCUUCCCAAAUAAAUCAAUAGAUUUUUGUGCGGUAAGCUAAACUGAAGUUUGCACUUACUCUGGAAAUGACCCAAGAGAUUAAAGCAGUGAGGCAAAUUCAUUUAUUCCACAUUUUUGGCCUUCUAAUGGGUGAUUCAGCUGUGUCUAAGUAACUUUUGCACAUGUUAAAAACAU